AUGAUGGACCUAACGAAGCUGAAACCUCCUCAGAUCACAUUUUACUGCUCAGCAUUUUCUGUGUUGAUCACACUUCAUUUGACGAUACAGCUUGUGUCUCAGCAUCUGUUUCACUGGAAGAACCCUAAGGAACAGAAGGCAAUAGUCAUCAUUGUUCUUAUGGCUCCAAUCUACGCCGUUGUUUCCUUUGUUGGUUUGUUAGAUGUCAAAGGAAGUGAAACCUUCUUCCUGUUUCUAGAAUCCAUCAAAGAAUGCUACGAAGCACUCGUCAUUGCUAAAUUCUUGGCGUUGAUGUAUAGUUACUUGAACAUAUCUAUCAGCAAAAACAUUGUGCCUGAUGGAAUCAAAGGAAGAGAGAUUCACCAUUCUUUCCCAAUGACACUAUUCCAGCCUCAUGUAGUCCGUUUGGAUCAUCGCACUCUGAGACUUUUGAAAUACUGGACAUGGCAAUUCGUUGUCAUACGACCUGUGUGCUCGAUCUUGAUGAUAGCUUUUCAAAUCAUCGGGUUUUAUCCUUCGUGGUUGAGCUGGACAUUCACCAUCGUUCUCAAUCUCUCGGUUUCUCUGGCGUUGUAUUCACUCGUGAUCUUCUACCAUGUGUUCGCUAAGGAGCUCGCGCCUCAUAAUCCACUCGCGAAGUUCCUCUGCAUCAAAGGAAUCGUCUUCUUUUGCUUUUGGCAGGGAAUAGCAUUAGACAUUUUGGUGGCUACGGGAGUCAUAAAGUCUCACCAUUUCUGGUUGGAGGUAGAACAAAUACAGGAAGCUAUUCAGAACGUGUUGGUGUGUGUUGAGAUGGUCAUCUUCGCAGCGGUGCAGAAGCAUGCUUAUGAUGUUGGUCCUUAUAGCGGCGAGACCAAGAAGAAACUCGAUAAAAAGACCGAAUGA